UAUUCCGCUCGCCCCGCUCGCCGCUCCGCCGGGACCCGCGCCGCGCCAGUGACUCGGGGAGUCGGCCCCCGCCUCCUCCUCUGCCCGGGCCUAGAACCACCCCCAAUCCGAGAGGCCGGAGACGGAGCGGGAGCGGCUGCAGCAUCCCGGCCCAGCUUCCUCCACCAUCCCUCCCCUCCCCGCUGGACAUCUGGACCACCCUGGGCCCCGCACCGGCUCCGGAAACCCUCCCCGCCCAGUUCGGCGGCUGGGCCCCGCGCCGCCCUCUCUGCAGAGCCCCCAGCCCUCUUCCAGACCAGACUUCCGCCUACCCCUGGACCCCCGCUCUCUGUUCCCUCCCUCCCCCCCUCCCCCAGCCUGGAGCGGGGUAGGAGGGAGGGGGGGUGUGCACCCUGCGCCGUCCCCGCCCCCCGUGAUUCCCCCUGCAUGGCCGACCCGGGUGGGAGGUGCGGGGGGGCCCGGGCGCCAUGCGGGGGGGGCAGAAAGAGGGUCGCUGUGCCUGUCCCCAUGUGAUCCGAAAAGUGCUGGCAAAAUGCGGCUGCUGCUUCGCUCGGGGGGGACGUGAGUCCUACUCUAUUGCUGGCAGUGAGGGGAGUAUCUCGGCUUCGGCUGCUUCGGGUCUGGCGGCCCCCUCUGGCCCCAGCUCUGGUCUCAGCUCUGGCCCCUGUUCCCCGGGCCCCCCACGGCCAGCCAGUGGCCUGAGAAGAUGGUUGGAUCAUUCCAAACACUGUCUCAGUGUGGAGACUGAGGCAGACAGUGGCCGGGCUGGACCAUAUGAGAACUGGAUGCUGGAACCAGCCCUAGCCGCAGGAGAGGAGCUGCCAGAACUGAACCUGCUGACCACAUUGUUGGGGGGCCCCGGGGAUAAGACACAGCCCCCUGAAGAGGAGACUUUGUCCCAAGCCCCUGAGAGUGAAGAGGAGCAGCAGAAGAAGGCUCUGGAAAGGAGUAUGUAUGUCCUCAGUGAACUGGUAGAGACAGAGAAAAUGUACGUGGACGACUUGGGGCAGAUUGUGGAGGGCUACAUGGCCACCAUGGCUGCUCAGGGGGUUCCCGAGAAUCUUCGCGGUCGUGACAGGAUUGUGUUUGGGAACAUCCAGCAAAUUUAUGAGUGGCAUCGAGACUAUUUCCUGCGGGAGUUGCAGCGCUGUUUGAAGGAUCCUGAUUGGCUGGCUCAGCUAUUUAUCAAACACGAGCGUCGGCUGCAUAUGUACGUGGUGUACUGUCAGAAUAAGCCCAAAUCAGAGCAUGUGGUAUCAGAAUUUGGGGACAGCUAUUUUGAGGAGCUCCGGCAGCAGCUGGGGCACCGCCUGCAGCUCAACGACCUCCUCAUCAAACCAGUGCAGAGGAUCAUGAAAUACCAGCUGCUGCUCAAGGAUUUUCUCAAGUAUUAUAGGAGAGCUGGGAUGGAUACUGAAGAGCUGGAGCAAGCGGUGGAGGUCAUGUGCUUCGUCCCCAAGCGCUGCAAUGACAUGAUGACCCUGGGGAGACUUCGGGGGUUUGAGGGCAAACUGACUGCUCAGGGAAAGCUCUUGGGCCAGGACACAUUCUGGGUCACGGAGCCGGAGGCUGGGGGGCUGCUCUCUUCCCGGGGCCGAGAGAGGCGUGUCUUUCUCUUCGAGCAGAUCAUCAUCUUCAGCGAGGCCCUGGGAGGGGGAGUACGAGGUGGAGUGCAGCCUGGUUAUGUGUACAAGAGCAGCAUCAAGGUGAGCUGCCUGGGACUGGAGGUGAACCUCCAAGGUGACCCUUGCCGGUUUGCACUGACCUCCAGAGGGCCAGAGGGUGGGAUCCAGCGCUACGUCCUGCAGGCUGCGGACCCUGCGGUCAGUCAGGCCUGGAUCAAGCAAGUGGCUCAGAUCCUGGAAAGCCAGCGGGACUUUCUCAAUGCGCUGCAGUCGCCCAUUGAGUACCAGAGACGGGAGAGUCAGACCAACAGCCUGGGGCGGCCAGGAGGGCCUGGGGUGGGGAGCCCUGGGAGAAUUCGGCCUGGAGACCGGGCCCAGCUCCGCACACACACACCCAUCAAUGGCUCUCUCCCGUCCCUGCUGCUGUCGCCCCAAGGGGAGGUGGCCAGAGCCCCCCUGCGCCCGGACACGCAGGCCCCCAGUGCCGCCCCCCAGGCUCCUCAUGACCCUCCUCCAGUUCCACCAGUUCCGGACACCCCUCCCUGCCGAGCCAGACUCGCCAAGCUGGAUGAAGAUGAGCUGUAACUGGUGAAGGCCACGGGGGUGGUGCUGACUCAGCCACUCUGUUCCCCCAGGAACUUCAGGGCAAUCCUUCGGCACCGCUCCAGAAUUCCUCCCUCUUGGUGUGUCUGGAGGGUGGGCAAGGCUGGGAGUAGUGUCAACUUGGAGGAGGGCACCUAGAUUCAAAAAGACUUCUUUCUGCCCAAGGAACACAGGUUCCUUCAGCUCCCACCCCUAUGCAUGCAUCACAGGUCCCCCCAAAAGGAGGAUAUGUGG